AUGAUCUACAACAGAGAAGUAAUCGUAAUAAUAUUUUCAAUGACAAUGAAAAUUUACCCGCUUCCAAUAACAAUGAAAAGGAAGAACGCUCCUCAUUUCCAUUUCGAUAAUCUAACUAUUCCUCCUCCUAAGGGAGUCCUCCCUACUUCCGGUAAACCCUCAGGUUUAAUGUGUGCUCGACGUUUUGGUCUUGAUUAAGUAGUAUUUGUUUUCGUAACGCAGGGAUAGCGUAAGAACAAUAGUCUCAGAAUUGAUCGCUGUAUAUCUCUAUUCAAGAUAACGCAUUUGCAUGGAGGCUUAUUGAGUCACGCCAUUGUGGGGAGACCGAGAGGACUAGCAAGAGACAAAUGAAGAGAUUCUUCUGAUCAUAUGCAAAUGACGAAAAAUCCUCAU